AAGGAUAUUCCUCCUCUUGUGUUGGCUGCUCCGCUGUGCGCCAGAAAAAUUUUUUUCGCUAUCGAUCCGAGCUAUUUUGUGUUUCUUCGGUUUUGCGCCCGAAACUUAUUGUGUGACCCCCCCCGGCUAGUGUUUAUUUAUUUUGUGUAACACAAUUAACGCAAGACCCGAGCCCCAUCAGCAAGUAAAAGUGUGGUCCAACUGACGAACCAAAAUAUUGUACACGCGUUUCGAGAUUUUCACCCAAAUCUUGAUUAAACGACGAAAUUCUGUUGUGAUCUUUUAUGUUGUGUAUUUCCUCUGUCGUUUGCUUCGAAUGUACAUGUGGGCUUGGUCGUCCAUGUUUUCGAAUGAAAAAGAGAAAUGUUUACGACAGCUGGUCCGAUAUUAUGCUGAGUGGACCGGAUUAAAAGUUCUUAUUAUAUUCCAGGAUAUGUGAUAUGAAUUUUGUGCUAUGGUGUUACGAUAAAUAAUAAACGUUCAUAUAUCUUAGUGUGGGUGAUUUGGAAAAAUUUGUUUAUGAUAUUUUUCCCGCCUAUACAACGAUAUUAAAUUAUUCUGAAUGGUCGUGUUUAUCAAUGGUGCUGGUUAGUGCCGAAGGAUCGGAGCUAAGAACUGACAUGGAAGCUCCCGAAAAUCCUAUUCUAUUACCUAAACAAACAACCUGGACCAAAGGGGAUGACCACAUGGUUUUUCUUGACAACACGCGCCUUAAAUGUGUGAAUAACACCUCUGCUACAUAUGGUCGUUUUUUUCUGGAUGUAGAAGAUGUUCGUAAAGAUAACUUUACAACUACAGUUAUAUCCGAAAAUAAGCGGGACCCAAGUGAAGCACCUUUAAGAAAGCUCAGUGUCGAUCUCAUCAAAACUUAUAAAAAAAUUAAUGAAGUUUACUAUGCAAAAAAGAAACGGAGAGCUCAACAAACCCAAGGUGAAGAUACUAGCCAUAAAAAAGAAAGAAAGGUGUACAAUGAAGGUUAUGAUGAUGAUAAUCAUGAUUACAUAAUUCGCACCGGAGAAAAGUUCAUUGAUCGAUAUGAGAUUGAUUCACUUAUUGGGAAAGGUUCAUUUGGGCAGGUUGUGAAGGCAUAUGAUCAUAAGGAUCAGUGUCACGUUGCCAUUAAAAUCAUCAAAAAUAAAAAACCAUUUUUAAAUCAAGCCCAAAUUGAAGUUAAGCUUCUAGAGAUGAUGAAUAACCAUGAAAGUGAUAGUAGUUUUGAAUUGCUCGGACAAGAUAAAAUAGUGAAACUAAAAGGUCAUUUUAUGUGGAGAAAUCAUCUGUGCCUGGUAUUUGAACUUCUGUCUUAUAACUUAUAUGACUUAUUAAGAAAUACAAAUUUUCGUGGUGUGUCUUUGAACUUAACUCGCAAGUUUGCUCAACAAAUGUGCACAGCAUUGAUGUUUUUAUCUAGUUCAGAUCUUAAUAUUAUUCAUUGUGAUUUAAAGCCUGAAAACAUUCUUCUUUGUAAUCCCAAAAGAAGCGCAAUUAAAAUUGUGGACUUUGGUAGUUCCUGUCAACUUGGUCAAAGAAUCUAUCAAUACAUUCAAAGUAGAUUCUAUAGAUCUCCUGAAGUAUUACUGGGUAUUGCAUAUGAUAUGGCUAUAGAUAUGUGGUCAUUAGGUUGUAUAUUAGUUGAAAUGCAUACAGGUGAACCACUUUUUAGUGGUGCGAAUGAAUAUAAACCACCAGGCUCUAGAAAGCUCCAUGAUAUCCUUGGAGUUGAAACCGGUGGACCUGGGGGAAGACGACUCGGAGAAACAGGUCAUUCCGUCUCUGAUUAUCUUAAAUUCAAAGAUCUCAUCAUUCGAAUGUUGGAUUAUGAUGCUAAAACAAGAAUUAGUCCAUAUCAUGCCUUACAGCACAGCUUUUUUAAACGUACAACUGAUGAAAGUACAAAUACUACUCACAGUGCCAGCACAAGUCCAGCAAUGGAACAAGGCUCUGUUUCAAAUACUGGCCCAUCUGGGUCUAGCUCUGGUAGCUCUUCCUCUUCAGCACCUCCUCAAGCAACUGGAAGGGCACGUUCUGAUCCAACACAUCAGCACCCUUAUGGACAAUUGCAGCAUAGUUAUACUCAAACUGGAUCAUGUAAUUUACAAUAUGGAACAGCUCUUAUAACUACUGCAUCUUUGUCAGCUAUGGAAUGUGAGAGCCCAAUAACUAGUAUAGCUGGCACAGGUAUAUUUCGUUCCUCUCAAAAACUGCAUGCAUGGAAUUCUAUUGGGGUAGCGAGUGCUCCUGUAACUGUUACUCCUAGUAUUGCAAGUGGAACAGUUACAGUUGGUCAACAUACUCACUCUAGUGCUCCUGCUAGUCGUGCAGGAUAUUCUCAUCUUCAUAGCCAUAACCAUUCCUAUCGAAGACACCUUCAUCCAACACAGUCAAGUGCAUCACAUGUAAUGGGUGCAGUUGGUUUUGAUCCCCUCCAGUCUUUCCAGCCACCAUCAACUUUUAGUGCUGUCAACAACAGUCGAAGCCAAGCAUGCUCUUCCUCAACAACUGUGUCUUCCCAACUAAUGCCGAUGGACGCUAGCAAUAGCCUCUUUACUUCAAUAGAUUGUGCACCUACAUCUUUGAAUGUACAACUGGGGGGCUAUCAACCAGUACUCUACACUGGAGCAGUGUAUAGUGUGCAAACAACAGUUCCUUCAUACCUAGGCACAAACUUUUCUCAAUUGGGUUUACAUCAGUCCCCCACCACACAGCCUUCCACAGAAAUUUCAUCUCAAAAACAAUCAUCUGAAAGGGAAGAAUCACCAAUGGUUGGUGUGUGUGUUGAGCAAAGUCCUGUUGCUAGCCAUUGACAAAGAUAUCCCUGUAGUAUAUUAGAUUUAUUGGCAAAUAACUGUUCUUUCGCCAUUUUCUUUAUUUUUCAAAAGCUUCAUACUAAUAAGCUAAUCAAAAACUAUUUAUUAAAAUUGUUAAAAAUCAUUGAGAAGACCAUGGCAAAAGAACAGUACUUUUCCAACAUUGAAAGAAUUCCACUGGCAGUAGUGUAGAAGUCACUGAUUUAUUUUGUAAAUAGUAUAUAGCUAUGUGACUAUUUAUUGCUUUGCCAGUGGAAGCAUCAUAUAAAUAGUAUCAUUCUAUGAUGAAAUAUAUCAUAGAAGAGUCAUGAAGUAGAAGCAUAGCACAUGUUUUCAGUGAUAAUUUUUCCUCAGUUUAUUUGAAAUGUAAAUAAGAGAGGUAUUUCUCUCUUGUAUAGUUUUUCUGCAUUUGUGUACAUAUUAUACAUAAACACAUGUAUAUAUAUAUUUACAUACACACUCACAUAUAUAUAUAAAUAUAUAUAUUUAUAAAUAUAUCUAUAUAUAUAAAUAUAUAUAUUCACAUACAUACGUACAUACACAUAAUACAUUAAUAAUGUAUUCAUAUAAUGCAGUCAGCAAUCAAUAACUUCUGCUUAAACCUAUAUUGUCACUCAUAUUACCUUCCUGAAGAUUCAAAUAAUAUUUUUAUUCUGUCAUGGGACGUCAGGGUUUAAUCAUCUUAAUCAGACUUAUUUAUCUGAAAUUCAUAAGUUCAUGUCAUGUUGUCCAUGUUUGAAAUUUUAGGAAGGUAAAUGUGUUGUCUUUCAUCUGAUGAGUUUCUAAAUAAAAAAAAUCAUAAAUAAUGUUCCUAGAUUUUUGUUUAUUUUGAUUUGUUAACUGUUUUACUCAAAUUUGAUACAAACUUUUGUCUCAUUUCUCCCAAACUGAUUUAUUUUUAUGACCUUUUUUAUUGUAUGUUGAUAUCAUCUCUCAAAAAUGUAGUUAAUCACAAGCCAUUAACUUGACUUAUUAUUUAUUUUAUAGUUACAUAAUUUAUUCACAUCUUGAUUCAUAGUUUUUAUAAAAUAUGUUGAAAUAAAAAUUUGAGUUGUUGCAUU